AUGAGUUAUUCCUAUCCUAACAGCACGAACGCGGAUGCUUACCGCCCGGUCCGUCGCGAUUAUCAUACCGACUCAUCCAAUGACCACAGUCGACUCGUCGACACUUUGCCACCGUGGCUACGACAAUGGGUCGCCGAACUACACGCUCAUUGGAUUGCCCCGAGCUUCAGCAUCACAGAGAACUCUCGGGGUAGUUAUGCGCUAACAGCACGGCUAUGGAGGAUAUUCCGACACAUAUUCACUAUCACGAAUGCUCUGGCUGUUCUCUGGUUCUUUACGCUCUGGUGGGGGGAACGGGCCGUGUUCCAGGAUAGUUUGGAGAGGUGCGCCUGGGAGAAUUGGGAAAGAUGGCCCCGAGAUGCAACACCACAUCACGUUGCUUUCAUCGCAGACCCUCAGUUGGUUGAUCCUCAUACCUACCCCGGCCGGCCAUGGCCCCUGUCCACAUUGACAGUGAAGUUCACCGAUCAAUAUCUUCGGCGGUCCUUCUCGUCUAUUCAGAGAAAUCUAGGCCCCGACUCGGUUUUGUUCCUCGGUGACCUGUUUGAUGGGGGAAGGGAGUGGGCAACCUCGCACAGUUCCAGUCCCGAGAAGCGUUAUCAGAAAUACAAGGAUUCGUUCUGGAAGAAUGAGUAUCAUCGGUUCGUGAAGAUAUUCUCAAACCAGUGGAACGAGGGUGAUUCGCACUCAGGCAAUACCCGUGGCCGGAGGAUGAUCGCUAGUCUCCCUGGGAAUCACGAUUUGGGAUUCGGAACUGGGGUUCAACUGCCCGUCCGUGAUCGGUUCCAGACAUAUUUUGGCCAAAGUAAUCGCGUUGAUGUUAUUGGAAACCACACUUUCGUAUCGGUUGACACGGUAUCAUUGAGCGCCAUGGAUCAGCCUGACCCAGACACCGGAAGUUCAGGGUCUGGGGACGGACACCCGCCGAACGAGCAUAUUUGGAAAGAAGCAGAGGAUUUCCUGAACAGUAUGAAUGUUCAUCGUGGCAAGGCGGAGAUGGAAGAAUUGCGCCUGAUGAGGAACCAAAGUGAAGGCCAUGUGUUUGACCACAAGGUCGUGGACCUCUCACAACCUACACUUCACCAAAGACUCAAACCGGAAGUUGUGGGGUUCCCUGCCAUUCUUCUUACCCAUGUUCCAUUGUAUCGCAAACCGGCCACGCCUUGCGGGCCUUUGCGAGAACACUACCCGCCAUCAGAUGGUGAACCGGAAGAAGAUGACCGAAAUGCCCUCUCAAUCUCUGCCGGAUACCAGUAUCAGAAUGUUCUCACGCAAACUAUCUCCAAGGACUUAGUCACGAAGGCAGGCCCGAACCUUGUCCAUAUCUACUCUGGAGAUGAUCACGACUACUGCGAGGUAACUCAUCGCCAAUUUAGUGGCUCUCCCAGAGAAAUUACGGUCAAAAGUCUCUCUUGGGCUAUGGGGGUCCGGCGGCCAGGUUUUCUGCUUACUAGUCUCUGGAAUCCUGUUGACCCUGCCACCGGGAAGCCGACCCAUUCGUUGAGUACCGGCGCUACUUUGCAAAACCAUCUAUGUCUCCUACCCGACCAAUUAUCCAUCUUCAUCCGUUACGGCCUUCUAUUCGGCCUUACCCUUGCUGUGCUUCUCGCACGAGCCGCCAUUCUAGUGCUUUACUUCCCCGCAGUGGACUCAUCCGCACCGAUUCUUCCCCUCUCUGAAUUCCGCCCUACCCUCCACGUCCACACAGCUAAGGCCCCAAGUUCCAGUACGUCUAGCUCCACGUUUUCCUCACCGGGUGGCCUGGCCAGUCGUGCCGUCAAUGCACCUCCUCGUUACCCCAAAGUGUACGAUGAUACUUACCCCGGUGCAGGUCACGAUGACGUGGACAACGCGAAGUGGAAACCAAGGGUCCCCGCUUCCCGGGGAAUCUGGGGGGAAUAUAUGAACUCUGUCAAAUAUGUCGCUACGAUUGUGUUUGCAUGGUAUUUCUUCUUGAUCUGGCGAUGGUAA